AAUUUGUUGAGCGGCUUCAGCAACAUGAGAAACAUCACUCUCCUUGCACCUAGCAAUGCGGCUCUUGCUAGCUUGAACUCCUCCGGUGUUGCUCUCACCUCCGAGCUCGUCCAAGCAUUGAUCAGCUACCACACCCUUAAUGGCACCAUCAUGGCUGCCGACAUCAACAACGUCACCUCCGCAUUCCCUCACACUCAUUUGACCAACCCUUCUUUCUCCAACGUUACUGGAGGACAAGUCGUAGAAGCCAUCCUGGUCAACGAGACCGCCUACUUCUUCAGCGGCCUCAAGAACAACGUUUCGGCCACCACAGUCGACCUCAACUUCACCGGUGGUGUCAUCCACAUUGUUGAUGGUACCCUCACCAUUCCCGGAAACCUCACUUCUACCCUUACCAAUGCCAACCUGACUGCCCUCGCCGGUGCAGCUCAGGCCCUCAACCUGACUUCCACCCUCAGCAACCUCCACGAUGUCACCAUCUUUGCCCCCAACAACGACGCCUUCCAGGCUGUUGGUGAUGCCCUCGCCAACGCCUCCACGAGCGAGCUCGUAUCCGUCCUCGGCUACCACGUCGUAAACAACAGCGUCCUCUACAGCGCCGACAUCACGAACGGUACCACCACCGUCCCUACCUUCCUCGGCGGUAACAUCACCGUUCAGAAUAUCAACGGUAGCUACUACGUCAACAGCGCCGAGGUCGUCAACCCUGAUAUCCUCUUCUCUGGCGGUGUCAUUCACGUCAUUGACAGGGUGCUGAACCCCAACAACACUAUCGCUCACAACGCUACUGAGACUGCUUCGUCAUCAUCGACUUCUCAGGCUUUCGCUGGUGUCACCACCAGAGCCUCCAACGUUCCCUUCACUUCUGGCCAGGCCGCACCCACCUCGACAAACGCUGCUGUCCAAGGAUCUGCAACCACCGGAGCUGCUGCCUCCUCCACUGGCGCUGCCAAUGCCUUCCAGACCGGCGCCGUCGGUGCCAUGGCCUUGUUCGGU